UCUCAGUGGAGCCACCAGUUGUUGUGGUAUGUGUCGCGGCAGCGCUCUCUUGUCAGGAUGGGCCUGCAUGUUCGGGCUGUGAAGUGUCGCCCGUCUGCCGGAGUUGUCAUCGUGUGACACCGCACGCGCCCCUCGUCUCGGGUAGCAGUCCUCUGAAAGUAUCGUCACCUGAUCUCAGGUGGAGGUAAUUCUACCUUGAUGGACAUCCAGACCCGCCUCCAGCGUAAGAACCACCAGGCGACGUUGCAAGCCCGGCGCAUGAACAACACGGCUCGUCGUCUGCUGCAGGACAGGAUUGGCGUCCUCGAGUCGUGCUACAGAAAGCAAGAGAAGCUCUUGGGUCGCGAGGCCAAGUCACUGGAGCAGGAGUUGCGGUCCUCCACCGAAAAUGGCAUUACUCCAACAUCUGUACAAAACCCUGCGACUGUGCGUACUUUAAACCUGUCUCCUCGCCCGAGUGAACUGUCAAACGUCCGGUCUGACACUUCGGGUCGUGGCUCGCAAUGUAGAUUCCAUGUGAUGCCCUCCCAGUGUCGGUACUUUCCAUGUCAACGCCUGUCCACUUACCACAGCAUCGGCUACAACAUCCGGGCACCUAGCGGACUGUCCGUGGACCCCAGUACGUCCAAGGCGUAUACCGUCAACGACGGAGCUGCGUUCGACGCAAAUGAAGUCGUAUCCAACAGAGACACUGACAGUCUGGCCCCUUCGGCUCACGUAUCACCCAGGAACAGCAUACAGGAUCGGGAACGAGGCUUGCGGCAAUUAGUUAAAGAGAUGAAACAGCGCAACAACCAGCAACGUCCCAGCGCGUGGGCCGUCAACUACGGCAAUCCAAUGUCUAGCCGGCAGCUGCUCAAACCUGUGGUGCCAGUGUCAGACCGGGAAUUGGCGCCAUAGGCUGUAUAUAUAUAUAUAUGCUUGUCAUCACAAAACAUUUUUUAAAUUCCAUGGAUAUCACAAAUAUACUAAGAAUAUCAAUUAAGUA